ACAUCUUUCCUCUCUCUCAUUGUUUAUAAAUCAAGACAAUGUCAAGCAUAAUCCAGACCACUACACAUCUCGGUGAAAUUCGCGGGAAAACCACGAAUGGUGUCACCCAGUUCUUGGGUAUCAAGUAUGCCACCCUGAAGAAUAGACUUGCAGAUGCAGAACUAGUCGAAAGGCGCGCUGGAGGCGUUCUUGACGCAACUAAAGAUGGGCCCACCGCGAUAUCACCCCUAGGUGGUUGUGACUUGGAACUCAGCGCGAUUCAACACACCCUACCCAAGAAGGAGCUCACCCAGUCGGAUGUGGACUGUCUGAACCUGAAUAUUGCUGUCCCUGCAGGCACUUCUGCGCAUUCGAAACUUCCCGUUUUUGUCUUCAUCCAUGGCGGUGGUCUCAUGAUUGGGGCGAAUUCCUGGCCUCAGUUUGACUACGAGCGUUUCGUCAAGUUGUCCAUUGACAGUGGACUACCAAUUGUUGCAGUAUCAAUCAACUAUCGUCUAGGACCAUUUGGAUUCUUGACCUCCGAUGAACUGCGCAACGCUGGGUAUAAAGCCAACAAUGGGCUGCGAGACCAGAGGGUGGCUUUGGAAUGGGUACGCAGGCACAUUGCAGACUUUGGAGGGGAUAUCGAUAACAUCACUGUCGCUGGGAUGAGUGCUGGAGCAGCCUCCGUCACAUUCCAUCUCGACUCCGAAACACCGCUAUUCAAACGCGCUAUUUUGAUGAGUGGCUCUCGGUUCUUUGUCCAGGCUCUGCCAUACGACGCCCACGAGGGCAACUAUCAACACGCGAUGUCGGCACUUGGAUUGCAAAAUGCUACGUCGGACGAAAGGAUCAAGGCCCUUUUGGAAACACCGGGCCAAGAUCUGCUUGCUAAACUUCCUCCAUCUGUCUUAACUUCUCCUGCGGUUGAUGGAGAUAUGGUUCCGUCUGCCGUAACAUAUGCACAGGUAGCUGAUCAGACAAGCGAUAUCCCCAAGGGAAAACAGUGGUGUCGCGAUUUAUUAAUUGGUGAUGCCCAGUAUGAUAUCAACAUUCUCGCCAUCCUACUGCCUCAUUUGAAGAACGCAUGUGCAGGGCGAUUUGCGAAAGCCAUUCACUCCGUCUUUCCCUCCAAGCAAGAACUAGCGACACAGAUAUUGGCAGGAUACGGGUUGACUGCCGAAACUACGGACGAUGAGGCUUUCCCUGCGGUUCUCAACUACCUUAACGAUAUCUUCAUAUUGGCGCCAACGCUGACAUACACGCGUGGGUGGAAAGGGCAUACAAAUGUCUACUACUUCAACGAGGGAAAUCCUUGGGAUGGACCUUGGAAGAGCAAGGCUGGCCACAUAUUGGAUGUCGCUUACCUGUUCCAGAAUUUUAGAGAGUUCUUGACUCCUCCGCAGCAGAAGAUAGCAGCUGCGUUCGCAGUUGAUUUCUUUAAGUUUUGCCAUGGCAUUAGACCAUGGCCUGCCGUGAUAGACGGCGACAUCGAGAAAGGAUUUACGACGCGAGUCUACGGGCCCUCCUCUGAGGGAGAGACAGUUGCACAAGUAGCUCGAGCCUUUGGUGACCACACCCGACGAAGGCCGGUUUUAUUCGAUCUAUCUGACGGAGCGUCCUUGGAUGAACUGGCAAGGGCCGCUGCCGUAUUUAUGAGAAGAGAACCUGUACCUUACGACCCUUCACGCCCAUGGUUUCCGCAAUAUGGUGCCGGCAAUGGAGAAGGGACUCCCUACUUCCGUGGCAACAUUAUAAUAUUGAAUUCCGUCAACUACUUCCAAGGCCAGCCAAUAACAUUGACAUGCCGAAUUGUGGACGUGCAUAAACCCUUUUGGAAGGCGUGCGCGGUGACUGUCCAAGUCGAGGGACCUCUGGGCACUUUAGGCGGAACACUACAGGUCAGAAUGUUCGACAGACGCUUUACACCAGGCAUGCGAUUGAGGUUUGGCUGUCCGAAUUGGUGCCAUGCCAUCGAAGCGGGAUAUCGGUAUUAUGGGUCAUGGCCAGCCAUGCCGAAUGCACAGCCAUCAAGUAAUCCUGCAGGCAGUCAAGAUCCACCAAAUACUCUCAGCUUGAAUCAAAGAGAAGAGCAUCUCCAAAGGGCCAUGAUGUAUUACUACGAGACGGAACUGCAAGCGUACAACAAUCUUCGUGACCUUCAAGUGGGACAUAUCCCCAAACUGCUUGGUACUGUUACGAUGGCAUGGCAAGUAACGAAUGAAAUGGGGUACACCUUCUUUGGAUCUUGCCCUGGAUUGAUUCUCGUUCCUCUCAUCGGAACCCCAUUCCUCGAUAUGCACUACAUCUUACAGCACACAUGGCAGUUCAUUUUCAGGGAUCUUUGCAACAUCAGACAGAUUCUGCAGAGUCGAGGCUGGCAUAGAAUUGAUACGACCCCGAGGAAUCUUCUCAUCGUUCCAUGCCAUCCCUGGGGCCUCUUCAAGGUGGUACUGCACAGCCUGCAAUUGAACGACGGGCCUGGUGAAACUGGGACAUCGAUCACAUUUACACCUUGA